CUCGCGCUCCUCUUUUAUUGGGGGGUCAUAGGUCACAAGUCAUAAGUCCGUCGGGAGUUUUUAAAUCUCUGCACACUGCAGACGGCGUCACUGCAGGAAGAACCUGACGAGAUGAGGUGGUGUGUCACUGUCGUCCUGGCGGUGCUGCAGCUCUGCAGCCCGGCGCUGCAGUCCGACCCGCUGCUCUUCGUCUCCCAGCUGCAGGACGGGCAGGAAAAACCAAAGCCAUGGCUCAACCCCACAUUGGGAGACGUGGUCCCGUCCCGUGAAGUCAUCAACCCUCCAGAUGUUAGAGACAUCCCAGAAGAGGAGACGACCUCACACUCCUCCCCCAUAUUCGGCGAACACGUCAACCUCAAGUGGGUCCAAUGGAAUGGCUCCCUGCCAGACGGCGCUGUCGCCAUCUUCAAUGGCUACACCGAACGCACAGACUACGUGUGCAAAGUCAACUGCGAGGCCGGAUUCCACACUCCCAGCAAAGGAGGCUUCUGCCAGUAUCCCUACGCCGACAAAGAGUACACAUCCUCCAGGUUUGAAGUGCUGGUCAAUGUGGACCACUUUGAGUUCCUGCAGUGGGUUGAAGACUCGUACGGGUCCGUCCCCAAGUAUUCCGUGAAAACCUGCCCCAAGUCCGACAUCUAUGUGGGGAAAAACAAGUACGGCCUUGGCAAAGUGGUGACCCAACACGAGGCCUUCUUCCUGCCCUGGGAGGGCGACGAGUACUGGUACAAGUCAUACCAGGUCCUAGCGAUCAACAGAGACAGCUACAGCCAGCACAUCUCUCAUGUGGAGUACGCCAUCGACCAGAUGGAGCUGUUCCACCAUCCUCCGGAGGCCCUGAAGCUCGCCAAGGUCACCAACCUGGAGUGCAGAAACGUGGAGAAGACUGUGGUGCUGGAGAAGACCAGCACGGUGGAGAAGACCUGGGACAUUGGGAGGGAAACUCGCAACGGCUCUGUCUCAACCAUGAAGGCCAAAGUGCCCAUCCUCGGCCCGGGAACGGUGGACUUCACCAAGGAGCAGACGGUGACCUUCUCAGAGGGGACCACCACGGUGGAGUCCAUCAGCCACUCCGUCUCUGUGGAGCUGCUGGUCCCGCCCAACCACUCCUGCACCGUGAGGAUGGACGGACGGAAGAUGACGGCCGACAUCCCCUUCACCGGCAGGCUGAGCAGGACCAACCACAACGGAGACACCCACUGGACGUACAUCACGGGCACCUACGAUGACGUUAACGUCGGCGAGAUCAACGCCGUGGUGGAGAGGUGUCAGCCGGUGCCCGACGCAGUUCCCUGCCCCCAGGCUCAAGACUGAGCAUCAGUUUGUGCGAUGCUGAAUCAACGACGCAAAAGGCGAAAACAUGUUUUCCAAAUAUAAAUACAAUAAAACAUUUGAACAAC